AACUCUAUUUACUGUUAUUUCCGGAUGCGCGUAGACCUGUUUGUGACGAUGGAGAACUUCAAGUUCUAUUACUACUAGCUUAUCUUAGUUAUUAAUUGUCUUGGCUUUAUGUUGUUGAUCGACUCCAGGCCACCAUGGACAAAGGUGUAGAUAGUAAAGGACGCCACGAGGAAGUGGAACAGUUAAAAGAUCUAGUCAGAAAGUUGGAGAUACAAAAUAAAGAGCUGCGCAAGAAUCGAGAACGAAGUAGAAAUGGCUGCAUAGAAAAUCACAACGAAAGUGGAAGUGACCUUUGCAAUGAUAGUGUUAAUGCUAACGAAACUUUGGAAGACAGCGGAAGUGAGCAUGGAGAAUGUGAUAUAAGUUUAGACACUGUAGAUCUGCUCGAUGUUGGCUCUGAUGAUUGCACGGACGAAGAAGAUUCAUGGUUAUUUGAGUCGCCAAAGCAACCAACGCCGCAGCAAAAAGCUGUCAGUCCAUACAAGUGGAUACGAAAGGAUUACGAUGAGGAUCCCAAUCCAGAUCUACAGUUUACACGCAAACGACUCGUUUAUAAACUUGAUGAAAUUAUACUAAGCAGUCCGCUUUCGCCGAUGGUGCGCGGCGGCUCGCCUGGCAAGGGCAUCGCGAGCUACAGCAGUGUCAGUGACCUUCGCCUGCACCAACACGGUCGCGUCGACGCGUCCCCGACUGUCCCCUACAUCCCUCGCAGCGCGAGCUUCUCCGGCGGGCCGCCAUUGCUGCAGCAGCGAGGACCCGCGACGACGUACGCGCUGAGGCGAGGCCCGGCGGGGGUUUUGGGCGACGACUCGUCCACGUCGACGGACGAGGACGUGUACAUGGCGGCGAGCGUGCAGUCGCCGCGGCGACGCUGCGAGGGCAGCCUCGACGCGACGUCUCGUCCGUACCGUGUGCCAAGAAACGCCGCCGCCCACUCAUCGUCCAGCCACCAGAGGGCGCGUUCGCCGCCGUCGUCGCAGGCGCCGAGGCCGCGGAAUGGGCAGCCGCGCGCCGCGUCCGCCGACGUACCGGGGCGGCACGCGGUGGCGCCCCCUGCGGAGCGUCACAGCGACUCGAAUGCGGCCAUGCGUGCGGCGGAGGAUUAUUCGCCGAUGUCGGCAUCGGAUUCGAGUCCUGAGAGCGAUUCGUAUUCACAGCAGGUGCAUGGCUCUCUGCAUCAAGGUUUGAGGCAAAGCUUCUCGGCGACGCGACGAGGAUCGGCGUCGACCGACUCCAUGCACGGGACUCCCGGCCAGGGGUCGCCGCUCCCGGUCGCGCCCCCUCAGAACGGCUACAGUAGGGUGCACACCGCAGACCAGACAGCGCCGCCCCGCCGCAGCAUACCCAGUCCGUCGCGUAGCCAGCAGGCCCACAGAGUGCAGCAGUACAACGCGCUCUCACAGGAGCAGCGGCGGUUUGGCAGUGAUUCGCGGCUGCAGCAGAGCAUGUUGCGGGCGGACGGACGCACUGGUAGCGACUCGACGCUGCAGCAUUUCGCACAGGAUAAUAAAGGUGGCAAGGCUGCGAAGGUUAGUCCACCGCGACCGUCCCUAUCACAGCAGAGAGUGCAGCAGCCACAGCGAUCCAUACCUGUCCCCAAGAUGAGUCCUGCUUCCAAGCUAGCCGUCCAUGUUAGCCGGAUCGGAAAUCCUCGAAAUUGAUGCUAAGAAGAUGUUGCAUGGUCCAGCCUACCUACGUAUACGUCAGCACGGCCAAGCCUUGCUGUGGUUCAUCGUGGUCAGUCGUCCAUGGACGGAGGAGGAUGGCAAGAUGGAUGCUUCUAAAUCAGAUCUCCUGUCCGAAGUAGUGAGCCAUUAAGGCUGUAGCCUGGUGAACUGGUAAACCUGUGCGCUGGUAAACUGGGUGUUUGCCAGUAGCAUGCAGUGGUUGUUUUCUUCUCAAUGGCUGGCAAUCCUUGAUUUGAGCAUACCUCUAUUGAAGAGAAGUCACACAACAUAUAUGUAUAUAUAACUGAACCUGAUGGUAGUGGUUCAAAUGGUGGGUAGGAGCAAAAUGCAGCUAUCAGUGUUUUGGGGAAUGGCCACUGUAGGUAGACACCAGCAGGGGGCAGCACUUUAUACUAGCUUCUAUUGAAUCUAUUGUUUUUAUGCAUUGCAGCGAGGGUAUGAAGAGAGAGUUCUUUCCUUACUUUCUAAACGUUAUCAGUGGUCAGUGAACCUUAUAUCGCGAAAAAUGUCAGAUGAGAUAAUGCCCUAUUAGAAAAUAUAUACGUGAAACCCGAUUCGAUAGACAAGCAUGAUUCCAUGUGUGAACUUCACUGGCCAUUGAGUUUUCGCAAUACUAAUAACGCAUUCUCUCGCUGUUCUCCUGUGAGACAUUGCGUGUGCUAAUGACGAGUAGAGAAUAAGCUACAAAGUGUUUGCACAAUCACAUUAUCUUGUGGUUAUUGCCUUCUUUUGAUACCGUUCUAUGUGCCACAUACUGCAGGGGUAGAAAUUAACUUUUUUUUCUCAACGGACUUCCUACCCUGUAAAAGAGGGAGUCCGCAUCAAAAUGAGGGAGUGUGCAGUUUAAAGUUCAAAAUUAAAGAUAUUAACAAUAACGCAUGUGCUUAUUUUGAAGAUUCAUGCGGUUGCACGUCUGCCAAA